GGCGGAGAUCACCUGAUCAAACAGGAAGAGUGUUGACACUCGGCUAUCUUAUCUACUUUUACUCGAAACUUAAUAUAUUGGACUCGAAAUACUGGACUUGCUUAUCAUGAGAAUAUAAAGGAGAAUAUACAUCACAAAUGGUUACCGCUAUAAAGUCUAUUGAUGUUUUGGUUAAAUAUAGUGUUAUUAGUUAAGGUGUGUCGCGGGUUUGAAUGGACCGCCAAUGAAGACAAGAAAGUUUGCUAAGUUUACAUCUAACUACAUCAAAAUGACGCUAUUUUGUUUAUGUAUGUGCUUCUUGCUGAAAGGUGCGUUUGGUAAUAUCAAAUUGGUGCAUGACGGAGAUUCUGUCACGCUACAAUCUGCUCUUACAAAUGUUCAGAAAUAUGAGCGUGUUCUAUGGACGUUUGGACCUGACAGCACCCGAAUAGCUCAAAUCAACAACGCCAUCAACAAGAUAUCAGUAUAUAAUGAAGUACUGAACGGGAAAUUCAGAGGCAAACUGAGUUUGGAUGCUCAAACUGGAUCUCUGACCAUCGCAAACGCAACAUCCCAACACGCUGGACUCUACGAAUUAAAUACUGUCGGCGGAAAUGACGUCUUAUCCAAGCAGUUCAGAGUUAUUAUUUUAGCUCAUCUGCCUGCUCCUGUCCUCAUGAGAAACUCUUCUCAAUGUUCUUCAUCCUCAUCUUCAUCAGUGCAGUAUUGUUCAGUGCUGUGUUCAGUGGUGAAUGUGAGCGCUGUGAGUCUCUCCUGGUACAAAGGAAACAGUGUAUUGUCCAGCAUCAGUGUGUCUGAUCUCAGCAUCAGUCUCACUCUACCUCUGGAGGUGGAAUAUCAGGAUAGAAACACCUACAGCUGUGUGAUCGACAACACCAUCAGCAACCAGACCACACAUCUGGAUAUCAGCACACUCUGUCAGCCAUGUGAAGUGGGUGUGUCAAGUUUGAAUUCAGGAAACAGCGUACCCUUCGGUGAUGUGGUUCUGAUCUGCAUAGGCAUCGCAGUUACAUUUGUAAUCUUGGCAGCAGCUGGGAUGUUCAGUAUUUACUGGAGAUAUAAAAAAACACAUCAAACUUGCCAGACUCCUGUGCAACAGGUUUCUGAGGUGCAUGAAGGUGAUGAUAUGGUUGAGAUGGAUGAACUGAAGACAAUGUCUGUGAGUGUGGGAGGGUCCGUCAUGCUAAACACUGGUUUCACCAAGAUAAAAAGUUGUGAUGUGCUGCAGUGGAGGUUUGGAGAGCCAAAUUCAGACGUCACAAACCCAUUUGUUGUCAUAAGAAGACUGAACGAACCAGACUUCACUGAAUAUGCUGGUCAUGACGAGACAUUCAGAGACCGAUUACAGCUGGAUCAACAAAACGGAUAUCUAAAAAUCAGUGAUAUCAGACCCACAGACUUUGGUAUAUAUAAACUAAAUAUUGCCAGGAAUGGGAGAAAUGUGAUCUCCAAGACAUUUAUUGUCAAAGAUUCAUCUGAAGACAUCAGAGAGGCAUCGGAGACCGAAUCGCUGUUAAAGACAGAAAUGAUCUCCGACAGUCGUGUAUAGCAACUGUUACUAAUCCUUAUAAAACAUUUGUUUUUUAUGGAACAUCUUUCAGCUAACCAUGAUCUUGUCUGUUAUUCAGAUGUGUAUUUAUUACACUGUGUGUCUGUUACUUAUUAUUGUUUUAAAUUUCAGCGUUAAUGAACGGAUCAUUGAUGUCUGAACAUUUCCUGCCCUCUAGUGGGCAAUCUAAGCUAUUUCAAACUGGUGUAUAAUGAAAUGUUGAUCUAAAUUAGUUCACAUUCAGACUCAUUAAACAAAAAAAGUACUUUUAAAUAUCAAAUUUUUAUAUUUAAAUUAUUUAUCCAGCUAAAGAACAAAAUUCAGCACAAAAUGCUCAAAUUUAUAGGUGAUACACUCUUCUAAAGGUACAAGAGCUGUCACUGGGCAGGUACCUUUUCAAAAGGGAAACAUUUGUACUUAAACAGUCCAUAUUGGUAUCUUAAAGCAGUGGUUCUCAAAGUGGGGGUAAGGACCCCCCGAGGCGUCGCAGGACAAUAUAGGGGGGUCGCCUGGUGAUUUAUAGUUAAUUUAUUGUUACUAUAUACUAUAUAGGUAUUAUAG